CAACCGCUACUGGGAUGGAAGCAGGAGGGAGGGCUCAAUCUUGUACUGGGAAAGUAGUUCCCGGAAUAAGUAAUACAGAGAUCUUGGAGAAUAUCAUCAUUCUUUUCCCCAUGGGGGAUGUUUUUGAGGGAGGACAGAGUUCCUGUACCUUUAACAGGGAAUGGUUGGCCUGGUGACUGGUGGGGCUUCAGGGCUGGGCCGUGCCACAGCAGAGAGACUGGUACAACUAGGAGGCAGUGCUGUACUUGUGGAUUUGCCAACGUCUGAUGGGGAGAGUGUGGCCAAGUCACUAGGGGAGCGAUGUGUCUUUGCGCCUACUGACGUAACGUCGGAAUCUGAUGUGAAGGCUGCCCUGGCUUUGGCACGGGAAAAGUUUGGGCGUGUGGAUGUGGCGGUGAAUUGUGCUGGGAUUGCAGUGGCUGCAAAGACCUAUAAUAUCAAGAAGGGUCUCCCUCAUACCUUGGAGGACUUCCAGAGAGUUAUUAAUGUGAAUAUUGCUGGCACGUUCAAUGUAAUUCGUCUGACAGCAGGCGAGAUGGGGCGGAAUGAACCCGACUCAGAUGGACACAGAGGGGUGAUCAUCAACACUGCUAGUGUGGCUGCCUUUGAAGGACAGGUUGGCCAGGCAGCCUAUUCUGCUUCCAAAGGAGGCAUUGUGGGAAUGACGCUACCCAUUGCCCGGGAUCUCGCCCCCAUCGGGAUUAGAGUCGUGACAAUUGCACCAGGCCUGUUUGGAACACCCCUCCUGGCAUCCCUUCCAGAGAAAGUGCGGACAUUCCUAGCACGGCAGGUGCCCUUCCCAAGCCGCCUGGGUGCUCCGGAGGAGUAUGCCCAUCUGGUGCAAUGCAUUGUCGAGAAUCCCAUGCUCAACGGGGAGGUGAUCCGGCUGGAUGGGGCCAUCCGAAUGCAGCCCUGAGCCACAGCCCUGGCGGGAGGGGCUUGCCCUUCCUAGCGUGAUCCAGGAGCCUUUUCUCAGUGAAUCCUCUUAAUCACAGAACUCUGAAUCUGCUGAAGAUUACAGCUGCCUAUGCAGAGCUCCCUUCACUGGAAUCGAAGCCUGCAAAGCAGAUGAUCAACUUCUGGACCUUUUUAAUAAAUAAAUGAAUGAUGAUGAUGAUG